CAGGGUUGCGAGGGAGGGAGGGGAACGCGCACUGUCCCCCAGGUCGAAGUACCUCCGAGCAAUUAAACGUCGUUAAAUGCAACAGCGCGAACGUGUCUUCAGCUAACUUUGUGGACUACACAGGACACCAUGUCACGUCUUUUCCUUCGUUUUACGAGCAUUGUCACUAAAGGAGCUACCUCCACUACAAAAGUAGUAUUAGCAAGACGGGGCGCUGCAGUUCGUCCUAUUCACACAUGUUCGGGCUUGCUGUCUUUGACCCGUUAUGAAGAGGCCACUGAUUGGCAGAAGAAGCUGACCCCAGAGCAAUAUGUGGUCACCCGGGAGAAAGGCACAGAGGUGCCUUUCACUGGCAUCUACGUCCACCAUAGUGAAGCUGGGAUGUAUCACUGUGUUUGCUGCGAUUCCCCCCUCUUCAGUUCAGAAACAAAAUACGAUUCGGGAACUGGCUGGCCAUCUUUCUACCAGGCCCACGGGACAUGGGAGCGAGAUGAAAGUCAUGCCAGCAUCAUACGUCGCCCUGACAACUCACUUGGCAACACUGGAACAGAGGUCAUCUGCAAACACUGUGAUGCCCACCUCGGUCAUGUGUUUGAGGACGGACCAGACCCAACCGGCGAAAGAUUCUGUAUCAACAGUGUGGCUCUAAACUUUAAACCCAGGGCAAAGUAACGUCUCCCCAUGACCAGUACAAACAAAGCUCCAAAAAGAUUCUGGUUUUUUUUUUUUUUGUCUUUUUUUUUAACCCUCAGUCGUAUGUCGUUAUGAUUAUGCGUGUGAAAAGAAUUUGCUUUUGGGUGACUGCUUCUUUCAAGGAAUCGGUUUAACCUUUAAAAUUCUGUCAAAAUGCUGUUUGUUUCAAGUCAAUAAAUGCCAUGUUUUAUCA